AGGUGGUCGUAGCAGACUAGCAGUAGUAGACUAGUAGUUAAGUUUAAGCUCGAGGUGGGCUAAUGGCGAACAGCUACGUGCUAACCUACCAUUAGCGAGGUGUAUAUAAGCUCACGGAGUCCCUGCAGCAUCUUGCAUUGCCUCAUCCAUCCAUCAAGUUGGUCAUCGAGCUCGAGCUGAAUCUAAACCUUUGCAACAAUGGCGGCGCGUGUUGUUGUGGCGUUCGCGGUUGCGUCCGCCAUGUUCGUGGCCGUCUCCGGCCAGAAGUUCAACGCCAUCUUCAGCUUCGGCGACUCCAUGUCCGACACCGGCAACCUCUGCGUGAACGGCCCCCCCGCCGGCCUGACGCUCACCCAGCCUCCCUACGGCGAGACCUUCUUCGGCCGCGCCACCUGCCGCUGCUCCGACGGCCGCCUCGUCGUCGACUUCCUCGCGGAGAAGUUCGGGCUGCCGUUGCUGCCGCCGUCGAAGAGGGGCGGCUCCGACUUCCGGCGAGGCGCGAACAUGGCGAUCAUCGGCGCCACCACCAUGGACUCCGGCUUCUUCCAGUCGCUCGGCAUCGGCGACAAGAUCUGGAACAAUGGCCCCCUCAACACCCAGAUCCAGUGGUUCCAGCAGCUCAUGCCCUCCAUCUGCGGCUCAUGUAAUCCCCCCCCCCCCCACAAAACCUCGCCGCCGGCGAGCCGCCAUGAACUCCGAUCAUCUCAUUCUGAUCUGCUGGUGCGUGCAGCUUGCAAGACGUACCUGUCCAAGUCGCUGUUCGUGCUCGGCGAGUUCGGGGGCAACGACUACAACGCGCAGCUGUUCGGCGGGUACACGCCGGAGCAGGCGGCGGGGCAGAGCGGCACCAUCGUGGACGGGAUCGGGAAGGGGGUGGAGCAGCUGAUCGGGCUGGGCGCCAUGUACGUCGUCGUCCCCGGCGUGCUCCCCGUCGGCUGCUUCCCCAUCUACCUCACGCUGUACGGCACCUCCAACGCCGGCGACUACGACCAGUACGGCUGCCUCACCCGCUUCAACACCCUCUCCUCCCGCCAUAACUCCCUCCUCCAGGCCAAGGUCUCCUCCCUCCAGAGCAAGUACCCCUGGGCUCGCAUCAUGUACGCCGACUUCUACUCCCACGUCUACGACAUGGUCAAAUCCCCCUCCAACUACGGGUUUAGCACGAAUUUGAGGGCGUGCUGCGGGGCGGGAGGAGGGAAGUACAACUACCAGAACGGCGCGAGGUGCGGCAUGUCGGGAGCCUACGCGUGCUCCAACCCGUCGUCGUCGUUGAGCUGGGACGGCAUCCAUCUCACGGAGGCGGCGUACAAGCAGAUCGCCGACGGGUGGGUCAACGGGCCCUACUGCCACCCGCCGAUCAUGCCCUAGAUCAUCGCCGGCGGCGGCGACGGCGGCCGGAGGAUGGCCGGCUAGCUGCUGCUGAUUUGAUUUGUUUAGCAGAAGAAGAGAAGAAAAAUGGAUAGCAAGAGGAAGAAGAAGACAUCUUGCGAUCGACUGGGAAAUGAAUAAGAUGGUGAUUAGUUGAUUUUCGUUGUGGGUGGUUAAUUUGUUUUUGUUUUAGGUAAUGCACAUUUGUGUAGUAUGUAUGAGAUUGGGAGGCAAUUUAAUUAUGUGUUGCAAUUAAUUAAUUAAAUCUUAGUAAUUUGUUGCAUGGUUUGGUUGGA